GAGGGACUGAAAUAGGAAAAUGCGCUUUACGCACAUCAGCGCACUUUAGUAGUUCAGUACACUAAAACGAUGUCGUUUGGUAAUUCUUGAACUGCUCAAAAUUUCCUACAAUAAAUAUAUCCCCUCAAUCUCUAAUCUCGAUCACUCCUCGAUCGAAGCUUCUGCGUUUACCAUCUACGCUUAAUCGUUCCUCUCCUUACCUUUCUCAGAUCAGAUCUCGUACAAUGGGGAAAGACCCAGUUCGUGUUCUUGUUACCGGUGCUGCAGGACAAAUUGGAUAUGCUCUUGUCCCCAUGAUUGCUAGAGGAGUGAUGUUGGGUGCUGACCAGCCAGUGAUCCUCCAUAUGCUAGAUAUUCCACCUGCUGCAGAGGCAUUGAAUGGAGUUAAAAUGGAAUUGGUGGAUGCUGCAUUCCCUCUCCUUAAAGGUGUUGUUGCUACAACUGACGUUGUUGAGGCAUGCACUGGUGUCAACAUUGCAGUCAUGGUUGGUGGUUUCCCCAGGAAAGAAGGCAUGGAAAGAAAAGAUGUGAUGUCCAAGAAUGUGUCCAUUUACAAGGCCCAAGCUUCUGCUCUUGAGAAGCAUGCUGCUCCAAACUGCAAGGUUUUGGUUGUUGCUAACCCCGCCAACACCAAUGCAUUGAUCCUCAAGGAAUUUGCACCAUCUAUCCCUGCAGAAAACAUUACUUGUCUGACAAGGUUGGACCAUAACAGGGCUCUUGGUCAAAUCUCAGAGAGAUUGAAUGUUCAAGUAUGCGAUGUUAAGAAUGUCAUUAUUUGGGGAAAUCAUUCCUCAACUCAGUAUCCUGAUGUCAACCACGCAACUGUUCUAACACCAGCUGGAGAAAAGCCUGUCCGCGAGCUUGUUGCCGACGAUGCAUGGUUGCACGGAGAAUUCAUAACUACUGUCCAACAGCGUGGAGCGGCAAUUAUCAAAGCCAGAAAGCUCUCCAGUGCACUGUCUGCUGCUAGUUCUGCCUGUGAUCAUAUACGUGAUUGGGUCCUUGGAACUCCUGAGGGUACUUGGGUUUCUAUGGGUGUAUACUCUGAUGGUUCCUACAAUGUGCCAGCUGGGCUUAUUUAUUCCUUCCCAGUUACUUGUUGCAAUGGAAAAUGGUCAAUUGUUCAAGGACUGUCAAUUGAUGAGCUCUCAAGGAAGAAGUUGGACUUGACAGCCGAAGAGCUUUCUGAGGAAAAGGCUUUGGCAUACUCAUGUCUAUCUUAAGUUCUCUAUCUUCUAUAUUCUGGUAGUAAGUUGGUAUUUUGCUUUGCGUGUGAAAAGAAGUAGCUACAGUUUUGAAUAAUGCCAUUGUUAAAAUUCUUGAGGAAUGAGUGAUGAUGGAGAAGCUGCUUCUAUAGACCUUACUGUUUGUGCACUUCAUUUUAUAUGGGGAUAUCUGAAAUUUAGACAUAUCAUCACCAGUGUACCUUGUGGUGGGCAUUUGAAUGAGAUUUAUAAGGACAAUUUCUUCUCCAUCUUUUUGUCAUAAUUUAUUGCCUUGAGAUGCACAGGUGCUUUGAACGAUGAUUUAAUUGUUUGACAAGCAUAUUUAUAGGUUUUGGCAUGAAUGAAAGUUCCAAG